AUGGGUGUGAAUAACCAAACUAAGUCUUCUGGACCAAGCAAAUCCCCUAUCAAUGAGUCAAGGAAAACCGCCUUCCAAGCCAUGUACGAAAUAGCAGUAACAUCUAUUUUUUUCACCUUUUUAAAUUACAUUGUUACCAAUAUCUCGAAUUUUGUCUUGUCAUGUUUCUCAUUAGUAAUAGUGAAAAAUGAGCCACUAUCUUAUCCAAAGGAAAUCAAAGAGCCGCAAUCGAAAACCAUGAGCACCACCACCACCACCACAAAAUCAACUGAAAGGAAAAACGCUUCAAGUUUCUUGUUCCCUCCUAUAAACUUGUCCACCGAACCAUCUCCCGAGCUGUCAGAGUCAUCUACACCUAAGGAGGAGAAAAUAGAUGAUUCGUUAACACCAAUAAGUUGCUCCAUGGGUCUAACUACUAGGCUUUUACCAAUCAAAAACUCCAAAGGCGAAUUAGAAUGGGUCUUUGCCGAAGAUGACAAUGUCAUGAACAACAAAGAGAAUGACUUGGAUGCAUUUAAACACCCUCCGCCAGUGAUUUUACACAAGGUUGCAAAAGAGGAAAAUGAAGUACACGCAAAUGAAUUAUCCCCAACAAUGUCAAAUUCGUCAAAUGAAACUACUUUAUCCCAAAAAUUGGGCAUUUGUAAUAAGGAACACUCGAUAUCGCCCAAUAACAGUUUCUCGCCAUUUGAGGAAGAAGAUGAAGAAGAACAACUGACUAGUGAUUGUGGGAAAAAGUCAUCUUUCCCUUGUCCACAUUGUGACGCUGUUUUCAGUGUACGAGGCUACCUCACGAGGCAUUUAAAAAAGCACUCCAGCAAUAAAGCAUAUACUUGCCCUUACUUUGAAAAAAGUACUUAUACUGACGAUAACAACAUCACACACAAGUGUCAUCCAACAGGAGGUUUUUCAAGAAGAGAUACAUACAAAACCCAUUUAAAAUCGAGACAUUUCAAAUAUCCCGAAGGCACUAAGACAAGGGACCGCGCGACGAGUCCGGGGAAUUGCUCAAUGUGUGGAGAGUUUUUCAGUAAUGCUGAAAUGUGGUGCGAAAUUCACGUUGAAGGUGGAGAGUGUAAACAAUUGCCUUUUGACCACAAAGGGAAAUCAAGAAUCAAAAACAAACUAAGAAAAAAAUUACAAAAGAAUGAAGUUAUAACAGACCCAGAAUUAUUACCAUUCGCUUUGAAAGUGUAUGAAGAGGUGAAGGAACAAAAGAAGUUGAAGAAAUUGGCGAGACAGCAAAAAAAGUGUCAAACUUUGUAUAACCACACUCAGAAUUAUAACGGUCAUCGUAAUUUCAAUCUCAAUCCACACCUGCUUCAACAACCAUCUCCGCAACACGCAGAUACUCCUGAUUCGAUGGGAUCCUCGAUCUAUGAAGUAUCCUCGGUACAUUCGCCAUAUACUCCACAAUCAUCUAUGAGUAAAUCACCGUUAAGUCUAAUGAAUAAUCACUAUCCAAAACAAACACAGCUACAACCGACAAUGGCAAACCAAUCUCAACAUAAUAACGCUGCAACUACUACUAAUACAUCUGUCAAAUGUUCGACAAGCAAUGUUACCAUCCCACCUUACCAAUAUGAUCAAGUUGAUCAACAAAUAAAACAAACUAAUCAAGAUGACUAUGAUGAUGAGUAUUGUCUAGAUAUUGAUCAAUUGAAUAGUCCUACACUAAAAAGUAUUAUUGAAACUUUAAAGUUACCACAACAAUAUCUUUUUCCCAAACAGUGCAACGCAGCAUUCUCAAAAAAGCAACCAUCUCAUACACUUCAACAAUCACUGCAGGAAAUUCAGUAUUCGCUGAGGUAUUUAGAGUGCACACAGUAUUCACCGUAUCUACUGUACCCUCCACAGCUACAGAAAGAGAAUUCUCAUUCCCAUUGA